UCUGUCCGCCCAGAGCACUCUGCAGCAUAGAGUGUGAGGAAAAAGACAAAACCAGAAAAAGAAAAGUCAUCCCCAGGGCUCGAUCUAGCAACAGAGUCUGCAGCAUGUAGGGCGUCGGACCCCCCACCCCCCACCCCGUGCUGCAACCCAGCAAUGUACACUCGUGGGAAACUGCUUGCGCCCCAGAGCCUGAGCCAGCUGCAGGCUUCCUUCACCUCGGUAGGGGACGUGCAGCUUGUGAUCCAAGCCGAGGAGAAAGGACUUGCUGCCGGGCUUUCAUUUCCUGGCUGAAAUUUCUCUCGUGGGGGCAGCGCCUGCAUCCCAGGGUGAUGAGGUUAGGGGCCCAGCUGCUAGGGGAGCCCUAGUGUUCGGAUAGGCAGCUGUGUGCCUUCGUGCCGGCCACUUUGGACGCCGGUCUUCUCUCCAACUGCUAUGGACAACGGGUCGUGCUGUCUCAUCGAGGGGGAACCCAUCUCCCAGGUAAUGCCUCCUCUACUCAUCCUGGUCUUCGUGCUUGGCGCCCUGGGCAACGGCAUAGCCCUGUGCGGCUUCUGCUUUCACAUGAAGACCUGGAAGUCAAGCACUAUUUACCUUUUCAACUUGGCCGUGGCCGAUUUUCUCCUCAUGAUCUGCCUACCCCUCCGGACAGACUACUACCUCAGACGCAGACACUGGCUUUUUGGAGAUAUCGCCUGUCGCCUGGUCCUCUUCAAGCUGGCCAUGAAUAGGGCCGGGAGCAUUGUCUUCCUCACUGUGGUGGCUGUGGACAGGUAUUUCAAGGUGGUCCACCCCCACCAUAUGGUGAACGCCAUCUCCAAUCGGACUGCAGCCGCCGCCGCCUGUGUCCUCUGGACUUUGGUCAUCUUGGGGACUGUGUAUCUUCUGAUGGAGAGUCACCUGUGUGUGCAGGGGACGCUGUCGUCCUGCGAGAGCUUCAUCAUGGAGUCAGCCAAUGGGUGGCACGAUGUGAUGUUCCAGCUGGAGUUCUUCCUGCCCCUGACAAUCAUCUUGUUCUGCUCGGUCAAAGUUGUUUGGAGCCUGAGACGGAGGCAGCAGCUGACCAGACAGGCUCGGAUGAGGAGGGCCACCCGGUUCAUCAUGGUAGUGGCUUCUGUGUUUAUCACGUGUUACCUGCCCAGCGUGCUGGCUAGACUCUACUUCCUCUGGACGGUGCCCACCAGUGCCUGUAACCCCUCUGUCCACACAGCCCUCCACGUCACCCUGAGCUUCACCUACCUGAACAGCAUGCUGGAUCCCCUUGUAUACUACUUCUCAAGCCCCUCGUUCCCCAAAUUCUACGCCAAGCUCACAAUCUGCAGCUUGAAGCCCAAACGCCCGGGACGCUCGAAGACACGGAGGUCAGAAGAGAUGCCAAUUUCGAACCUCUGUCGUAAGAGCUCCAUCGAUGGGGCAAAUCGUUCCCAGAGGCCAUCUGACGGGCAGUGGGAUCUCCAAGUGUGUUGAAUGCCAUUAAGGCAAACAGCCCAACAACGAGGCAGAGAAAUGGGCAACUGUGAGUUAAAUCUGAAGGGUGGGGGACUGGAAGAUGCCUCCCCCCUCUCUCUCAGCUGUAUCUUUCUCACUCAGGUAGAAAUGGGAUCCAUCCUGCUCAUCCUUUUCCAUAAGGUUCCAAAUGGGUUGGUUGCAUUUAAAUACUCUGAUUGCAAUGGGGGGGGGCAGCAUGUGAGUGUGAAGGAAACCGUGGGUGUCAGGUCAGGAACUACCCGGAGCCCGUGUCACUUUGCAUGGCUGAGAAAAGCGGUAUGAGCCUGGCUGGGUCUUGUUCUAGCUCGGAGAGAGUUAACGAUCUCAAUAACUCGUCGGUAUUUCCUGGACUGAAAAAAAAAAAAAAAAUAGAAACUGCACUGAGUCAAUACACUUAUUUCCAGCUGAGAGAGACCCUUUGCCGCAGGACACCCGGUCCUAGCCGUUUUUUUUUUUUUUUUUUUUUUUAUCUUCCCUGGGGAGACUCUACACAUUUCAAGAUUUGAACAUCCAGGUGGCCCAGGAGGGCAGCAAAAAGAAUCCAUUCUAACCUUCGCGGCGGCGCGGCGGCGCGACGAUUUUUUUUUUCUGAUUUUUAAGUGGUUUCUUUCUUUGUUUUUCUUUUGUUUGCAUUUUCAAAGAAGAUGCUGAGGGACUUGUCCACCCGGUAUCAGCUAUUGUUUCUCCAGUGGGAACUGAGAGCCUGCUUUCCACAGCCAGGAGUGGGGUAUGGGGGGGGGGCGUCCUUCCUGGUAUUUGGGAUGGGUUAAUUCAAGCAUGGUUGUUCUUCGCUGCUUAAUGCAUGAGUUUGAGCUGAAAUCCUUCCUUCCUUCCUUCUCAAGUCUUGGUUGAAUCCACAGUGUGUUGUCCCACCCUGUCCAGCAUCCUCAUCUGUUCUGUUUUUGCUGCUGGGUAUCGAACUUGGGACCUUACCCGAGCCGGGCAAGCACUGACCACUGAGCUGCACUCCCAAACCCCUUGUGCCCCUUUUAGCUGGUAGCGUUGUUAGCCAACUCUUGGGAGAAAGUAAAUCGGUAGGAAUGGCAGCAACAGUUUAGCUCCAUGUCCUUUCAUCCUGUCUAGACUUCAGGUCAGCCAUCAGGGUCUCCUAUUGGGGGCCUCCCUCAUGCACGUCUGUUCCCCAAAUAUUACCCAGAAUUCUCACAGCUAGGUGAUUCUGUGUAAGUGCAGGCUGCCCCUGUCCUGGAGAAGAAGAAAUAGAUUCUGUGUUAACCUUAGUCCCACUGUCAAGCCACAAAAGUGGUGACAGCCAGUCAGUCACUCUCUCCAAUUCCCAGGGUAUUCUCCCCAGGGACGGGACCUUGACACCUUUUAUGUCUUUAGCUCAAGAUGCUCCUCAAGGUCCCCGUGGUUUCCUUUGCCAGAGGUGUUGUCCAGCCUAGGAGCGAAAAACAGGCUGACUGACUGACUGCAGGGCUGUCGAGACGGCUCAGGGGGUAAACAGGGUCUGCCACGAAGCCACCAAGCUGAGUAGAUCCCUGAGACCCACAUGGUAGAAGGGAACACCAAAUCCCAAAGGUGGUUCUCUGUCCUCCACAUAUGUUCACACAUGUGCACACACAUGCAUGCAUGCACACACACACUAAAUACAUUAAUGCAAUAACAAUUUUAUUGGCUACACGGUCAAGUUUGAAUCUUAGCUUAAAAGCUUAUUAGACAUGAGGUCGCAGGGAAGACUUUAUUUAACCAUGCUCAGUUUUGAUGUUCAGCAGGGGUAGUUGGUACAGAUGCCAAAGGGUUUGGGGGCAAAUUCAAUGACUGUACACUCAGAAGCACGAGAAAUCUGUUGUUCCCAGGUGCCCAGAAGAAGACCACAUGCGUGUAGUAGAUGAUAAAUAAACAGUUGCUGAAC